GCAAUACGAAAAUUAAUAGAGAGAUGAAAGCUCUACCUGCAGCAAUAGCACAGAGUGUGGCGGUGAGUGUGGAGUCCCGUUCAUGAACAGAUUCAACAUGCCCUGGGCCAGCGAAGGCAGUCCCUGGUACGACUUUGAUUUCGGUGGAGCUCACUUUGUGGUUAUAAGCACUGAGCACGAUCUAACGACAGGGUCGACCCAAUACGAGUUCAUCAUUAACUCUCUUCAGAAUGUUGACCACGACCAGACUCCGUGGAUUAUUAUGGCUGGACAUAGACCGAUGUACACGGUGAGUAGUCAGGACUUGAAGGAGCAGAAUAUAACAGAUACGCUGCAAGCAUACCUGGAACCACUCUUCAGGAUAUACCAGGUGGACCUAGCCCUGUGGUCUUACCACCACUCUUACCAGAGGACAUGCCCAGUGUACAGGGGCAACUGUGUCGAUGGAGGCACCGUUCACCUUGUGGUUGGCACUGGAGGUGCACAGUUG